AUGGGAAUAAAACAACUCCUUCCUUUUGUUUCGUCCAUCAUCCAUAAAUCAUCAAUUGAUAAAUUUAAAAAUAAAAAAGCUGCUAUUGAUGGUUAUGCUUUACUUCAUAGAAUUGCAACAAGAAAUCCUAGACAAAUUGUAUUGAAUAAUGACUAUUCUUUCAUUGUAAAUGGAAUGUUAGAAUAUCUUAAAUUCUUUAAUACACACAAAAUUAUACCAAUCUUUGUUUUUGAUGGUGCAACUUUACCUUCAAAAAAAGGUGUUGAAGAAGAACGUCUUAAUCGAAGAAAGUCUGCUUAUUCAAAUGCCUUGAAAUAUGAAAAAGAAGGAAAACAAAUUGAGGCAUUAGUCUGUUGGAAACAAGCAAUAGAUAUCACCCCAUUCCAUGCAUCAAAAGUGAUUAAUGCAUUUCAUAAACGAGGUGUUCAAUGUAUUGUUGCACCUUAUGAGGCUGACGCACAGAUGGCAUAUUUAUCCAGAACAGGUUAUGUAGAUGUUGUCAUAUGUGAAGACAGUGAUAUGAUUCCAUAUGGUUGUUCGGUUGUAUUAUUUAAAUUAAAUGUUGUAUCAAAUACAUGUGAUGUGUAUCAAGCACAAGACUUACCUAAAACACCAUUUGGAAUUAAUAUUACAUUAUUCCAACUUCAAAUUACUUGUAUAUUAUCAGGAUGUGAUUACUUUCAAGGAGUUAAUGGAAUUGGAUUAAAAAAGGCAUUAAAAAUAGUUGGAAGUUGCAAAACAAUCAAACAAGUCAUUUUAAGCUUGAAAAAAAAUUAUAAUAAACAAUUACCAAAUAACCUUGAAGAACAGUUAAAUGAUGCUCUUUUUACAUUUAAUCAUCAAUACAUUUAUGACAUUGAAGAAAAAACAAUAAUUCCAUUAACAGAUUUUGAAGGCAAUGAAACUACUGAAUUAAUUGAAAGAACUCUUGGUAAAAAAUUAGACCAAGGAAGUGUAAUUCAAAUUGCAGAAGGAAAGAUUGACCCCAAUACACUUGAACCAUUCAAAAAUAAUGAAAUAGAUAUUUUUGACCUUGAACCAAUCCCUGAAAUAAAACAAUUCCAGACACCACAAAAAUCACCUAAGUGGUGUGUUGAUGAUAUUUUGAAAAAAGUUCAUCCUCAAAAUGAAGAAAAUGAGGAUAGUAAUGAAUUAGUGAGUGGGGAGGAAGAGUCAAAAUUAGAUAGUCAACCAAUCAGCGAAAUUAAAAUUGAAGAACCUCAAUCUACUGUGCAGCGGAAGGAUGAUUUUCAUGAGGAAACUGAAAUAAAAUCUAAUAUCAUUGACAAUGACCCAUUUGAACCUGAAAACUCUUUUAUUUUUAUACAAGAAGAUUUAACAAGUUUGAAACGGGUAAGGUACGAAGAAAAUAAUGACAACAAACUAACAGAAUUAAGUACUUUCAGUAAUAAAACUCCUUCAGACAUUGAACAGCCUUUAUCUAAAAGAAAAUUUGAGUGA